CGGGAGGGGCAGAGCCCAGGCCGCGGAGAAGCCGCAGGUGGCCGGCGCCGGCGGGGAAGAUGCCGCUGGGACUGCGGGGCAAGAAGAAGGCCAAGUCCAAGGACACGUCCAAGCUGGUGGAGAGCGAGGAGGCGGCGGCGGCAGCAGCGGCCUCCAGCGCGGCGGCGCAGCCCCGGGCGCGCCUGCACUUCCACACGCAGCUGGCGCACGGCAGCCCCACGGGCCGCGUGGAGGGCUUCUCCAGCGUGCGCGAGCUCUACGAGCGCAUCGCCCACGCCUUCCACAUCGCCCCCGCCGAGAUCAUGUUUUGCACUUUGAAUACACAUAGAAUUGACAUGGACAAGCUCUUAGGAGGGCAAAUUGGCCUUGAAGAUUUCAUAUUUGCACACAUAAAAGGACCAAAAAAGGAAGUGGAUAUUCUUAAAUCCGAAGAGUCACUCGGGCUUACGAUUACAGACAAUGGAACUGGCUGUGCCUUCAUAAAGCGUAUUAAAGAAGGCAGCCUUAUUGACCAAAUCAAAAUGGUAUGUGUGGGUGAUCAUAUAGAAUCUAUAAAUGGGAAAAAUGUGGUGGGUUAUCGUCAUUAUGAAGUUGCCAAGCUACUAAAAGCACUGGAGAAGGGACAGACAUUUAAGCUACAGUUGAUAGAGCCUAUGAAAGCAUUUGAAAUGAUUGAACCAAGGCUUAAAGGUGGAAAUCUAUCAGAGACUAAAAUCUCAAGGGGAAGAGAAACACUUCGACUGAGAUCUAAAGGCCCCGCCACUCUGGAGGAAAUGCCCUCUGAUGUUGAAGAAAAAGCAAUAAAGAAAGUUGAUGACCUUCUUGAAAUGUAUAUGGGAAUACGAGAUAUUGAGUUAGCUGCCACAAUGGUAGAAGCUGGAAGAGACAAAAAAAAUCCAGAUGAAUUUGCAGUGGCACUUGAUGAAGCUCUGGGAGACUUUGCAUUUCCAGACGAGUUUGUCUUUGAUGUAUGGGGAGCCAUAGGUGAUGCUAAGGAAGGACGAUUUUAAUGAGAAUUGUUCAUUAAUCCUUGUUUGAAGGUAGCAGGUUUUUAAAGAAGUAUUAGAACAGAAUUUAAAUAGCUUGAUUGAUGUCAACUCUGAACUAAGUUUGUAUGUAUUUAAAAUAUUUCUACUGAAAAUCUUUUGCAAAUAAUAUUUUUUGGGUAUGCAUUUUGAAAAAUCUUGGUAUACUGUCUCAAUUAACUGAAAGCUACACAUCUGAAAAAAUAUUUUAUAUACUUUCAUAGAUGAAUAUGUGGGGCAGUUUAAGGAUACACUUUGCAUUCCAUGAAAAUUGAUCUUGUAUUUUGUUUUCCAGACAUGUAGCAUAAUACCAAUACUUUGAAACUCUGAAAAGGUAUUAGCUACACUAGCUGUAGAAGUUGGUUGAUUUUUAUCUCUUUUAAUGAAAAGACUUACAAAACUUGAUAAAAUAAAAAAAAAAUACUUGACUAUUAUAAUGCAAUUAUGCUUUCUUUUCUCAUGUACAUUUUGUAGAUACAAGUCUGUGGUACUGUUAGACAUGGAAAAGUUGCCUUUAUUAAAGAAAAUUGCGUAGCAACUAAAGUUUCUGCGUAGGGGUUAGGUUAAGAAAAAACAUUUUUCUGAGACACUUUGUUUGAAACCAAUUUGAUUUUAAUGUGGUGUACAACAUAUAAUUCCUAAUCUGUUGCUGGGUGGAAAGAUUCAUUAGAAAUGUUUAAAACAAGAUCAUGAGCUGCUACUUAAUUUCUUUGCCAUAUUGUUGUAUAAAAGGUCUCUGAUCAGCUAAAGAAUAAGCAAAAGUUAGUUGCUUCUAUUUUAUACACCGUUAUGCAUAAUGGCAGUGAUCUGGUGCUGAGUGCUGUACUCUAGUCAUGGACUUGUUUAACUUAGCAUGAGCACUUUGUUGAAUAAAGGCCUUAGUUUCCUUUUUUUGCUUGUAUGCAUCUUUCAUGUAGCUGUGGUGGUCGAGUGGUAGGCCGGGCUGUGGCCAGUAGCCCAAAACGGCAGGUGGGUACUUUUCCGUGACGGAGCAGAAUUAGGCAUGGAAGCAUAUUGGUUAAACUAAGACUGCUUUACUUACACUGUUGAUGGAUACAGCGUAGGCAGAAAGUUAACUUCUGUUACAGUUGCAAACCGAACGAGAGCUCUAGAAACCGAGGUGAGAUGUCCGUGAACAAUUCAACGAGCAUGCAGGGCACGGGGUACAUCAGGAAGGUCGAUGACGGGGAGUCGUUGGUGGGUGAUCAGUCCACCAAGUUCACUCCGAGAUGGGUGCGGAGUUCUUCGACUUGGGCAGAAACUGCUGUAACUUUUAUACGGCUAGAGAGCCAAUUGCUAGUCGCCAUGUAGGAAUAAUUUAGAACUGGCCAAUAAUGGUGUGCGUAUUUGCAUACGGAUGGCGGGAACUUUUCUGCACCGGGGUUCUCCACCGUAGCAGAAAAUUCCACCGUGCCGAGAAACUUCAUUGUGCUGGAAAAUUCCACUGUGCCGAGGCACUUAACUACUGGGUUCUGACAGUAGCAAUAUGGGAAAGACAUUUAAAAAAUCUCAAAAAAGGUAGAAAAAAGGGCAAAGUGAAUAAAAACAUUUUCAUGGAACCUCAUUUUUUUUAAACUUCUUUUUUUGGUUAUUGCUUGAACUUCGUGUUGAAAAUAUGUCCUUUUAAAAACACAAUUCUUUCUUACACACUAAUAAAAUCUCAUACUAUUAAUAAUGAUUUUUCUAAAUGACCUAAAUUUAUCCAUUUGUUUUAACAAUUUCCUGUUCAAAUAAUGGAUUCAGUUUUAGUUUUGUGUACAAUUGGUUUCAUUUUCAGAUGCUUAGUGUAACUUCUGUUGGGUUUAAAAAAGGAAGAAAGCUGUUUGUUUUAGAAACAGCUUUCUCAUCACAUCUUUAAAAUGUGUUAGUUUGUAUGUUGAUCUUAAAACAUAUAAAAGAUUGUUUUACACCAUUUAAAUUUGGGCCAGUCGGCAGGUGACCUUAUCCUUUUAAGACCAACCAGGAAGAGAAUGUGGGACCCGAGCUGUGCAAACACUAUGUACUUUCACGUGCUUGUAAAAUAAUAGUUAUUCCAAAAAUGAUAUUUUCUAAAUUAUGAUUUUUUUUCUUAACCCCCUCCCCUUUUCCCCACUGUGAACUGUCUGUGGAAAAGGUUCUUUUGCUAUCUUACUGACACAGGUUGGUAUAAAUAUGGGUUAUAACAAAUUCUUAUGUAUACAUGCUAAUGACUUAUAUCAUUUUUAUGCAUCACAUUUUUUAAUAAAAAUAUAAGAUGUUCCAAAAACUACAAUGCCUGAUGUUGGGAGGUGACUUGUAGCUCUCUGUUAAAAAGUGAAAGGGAAGUAAAUGAUAAAGAUGACUCAUUUAGCUUCUAGGCUAGUUUCUUUCAAUCUUUUUUUCAUUUGUGGACCCCUAAAAUUUUUCUAAUGGAGGUGCAGACCCCUUUGAAUAGUAAGUGUGGGUAUUCACAUACUUUUGAUUGAUGAUAGUCAUCUUUUGUGGACCCCUUAGAUAUAAUCUAUGGAACCCUAGGGGUCUGUGGACUACAAGUUGAAAACUAGGAGUGUGCAAAAUGGACCCUGUUUGAUUCGGAUUUGGCCCAAAUCAGGGACAGUGAUUCGAUUAGUUGAUUCGGAUCACUGUCCCCAAUUCGAUUCAGCGAAUCCAGAUCUGAAGAUUUGAUGCUGAUUCAGAGAAUCAGCAAUUCGGACAUAGACAUAGUUUUAAAUGUUUUUGCUACAUACCUCGAGGUACCAGGUGCGGCUCAUGAAUGCUGGGAUGGGAGGAGGUCCCCCAUGUCCUCAGUGGUGUACUUCCGUUCCACUUCCAGGUUCUUCCGGGUCUGCCAGGGAGCAUGCUGGGGGCCCCCCUCUGUGCCCCCCCUAGCUCUGUGAUCAGCCACAGGGGGACCCCAGGUGCCCCCCCAGACUCAGGAGGCAACAGUUGCUGCGUGUGGGGGGGGGCCCUGCAUGCUCUCUGGUGGACCUGGAAGUGGACCGGAAGUGCUUCUGGUCCACUUCUGGGUCUGCUGCCAAGUGCGCAGGGCCCCACCCUGCGCUCCUGUGGGAUGUUCCAUGUACCUGAGCAUCGCAGCAUUCACGAGCUGCCUGCUACCUAGAGGCAUGUAGAAAAAACAUUUAAAGUUGUGUCUGUCUGAAUCAUCAAAUCUUUCCGAAUGUCUCUGAAUUGAUUCAGAGGGUUCCGAUUCAAUUCAGAUAAAUUAAAGGGUCUCCUGAUUUGAUUCGGAUUUGGAGAUGCGGCCACAGAAUUGGGCCAAAUCUCUGCUGAAUUGAAUCGGGUACCGAAGGUUUGCAUAGCCCUAUUGAAAACCACUGCUUUAGACCAUGGCUGUCCAACUUCAAAGCCACCAGGGGCCACACUCUGCAAAGGUCUCUGGCCUUGGGCCACACACACUAUGGGCUGCAUGCUAUCCCUGCUGUACAGUCUCCCUGUGCUUACUGGAACUUGCCUCCUGCCAGCCUGUCCUGCCCCAGAAACCCCUUUCAUGUUUGCUACAGCAGAUCAAGGGCAGCCAGACAUGAGUAUUGGGGGUUCUGUAUUAUAACUGCUCACAGGUGAGAUGCAGCCUGUGGACUGCUAGUUGGAGAGCGCUGCUUUAGGUGAACGGGCACUGUUUUGUAAUGGGCUAUGAAAACACCACAGUGACUAUGCACUUCAGCCUUCCCUUCAGAGGUAUUGGAUAGGUACAAUGCCACAUCUGCAAGAGGGAGAAUGAAAUAAAUUUGAAGAACAAAAGAAACUAUGCCAGUGAUCUUACAUGGAUAUUUUCUGUUUUUUGUUUUUUUCAUUUGACUCUUCCUUCAAACAAUAGUAGCAUUUAAUCUAUAGACAGUGCCUAUAUACUAUACUUUUUGCUUCAUACAGGUUACCUAUUAAAUGCCAGGUGGAAUUAAAGCUGCUGUUUUUGACUUAUUAAGCUCUGGGACCUAUUUAUCUGAAUGAAUGAGUCAAUGGAGGUGUCUGAACUGGAGCCUUGCUCAUAAGGCAGUGAAUUGAAAGGAGCUCACACAGGAACCUCUGGGAGCUCUCUUGAAUUUUGAAAUAUGCUCAGUGCUUUGCUUGGACUAGUUUCAGUAUGUUAGUUGUAAGGGCAUAGGGAAAUUACUCUACCGUAAUUAUGGAGCAUUAGAAAAACUCUGGGAAAUUAUGAACUCUUAUAUGUUUUUGGCUGAUGGGUUUUUAAUAUGUGCUUUGGUGUGGUUUGUUUUUCUUUUUUUCUUAAGGCACUUUUAUAUUGUUUGUAAAGUGAUCUUGACAUGGAAGUAAAUUAAAGCUUUAUAAAAGAUA